UCUGUCUUCUUUUAGUGAUUUCCAUGAUUAUGUUGAGCUCUAUGUCUAUUUGAUAGACUGCUGUCUAUACUACUACUAUUACUAUUUGCACAUCAUAUCCCCUGCAACUAGAACGAUUUUAUUAUGACUACCGCUUCACCCCAAUGUGCUGUGCGAACCGUCGGCCUCUGCGUUGCUAUUGUUACGGCUUCACUCCGAUUGGCUGUUCGACCCCGGCCCCGGAUUGGCUGACAAAACAAAAAGGGUGGACCUCUCGUACCGUGUAUUUGCUGAACGACAAGACAAGACGCAGAGUAUGCUGGUUACAUUUAUAGCUUGUAACAAUAAAGACAGUUUGUGCGAAGCAUUCUUCGUAGACGUUCAACAGAGCAGAACAUGGACAAUUUGAUAGCUGAUGUAUCGGAAAUCGAUUUCGUGAUUGAAACCCAGUUAGAGAAGCAAAUAGGCCUUGGAUGCCUUCCAUUUUCCAAUAUGAACAAGUCUGGUGCCGGUGUUUGCAAAUACUUCAUCAUAAACCAGUGUACCCUGAACAAUCUAUGCCCAUUGCGACAUAUAAAGGCUGACCGAACAGUUGUUUGCAAGCAUUGGCUGCGGGGAUUGUGCAAAAAAGGCGACGAUUGCGAAUUCUUACACGAGUACGACAUGUCGAAAAUGCCUGAAUGCUACUUUUUCUCUAAAUUCGGCGAGUGUAUGAACAAGGAGUGUCCAUUUCUGCAUAUCGACCCUGCCACAAAAGUGCAAGAUUGCCCUUGGUACGAUCGCGGAUUCUGCCGAAAUGGUCCCAUGUGUCGAAACCGCCACGUAAGACGAGUGGCUUGCAAGAAUUACAUCAAUGGGUUGUGUUUGUUGGGCAAACGAUGCAAAUACGCUCAUCCUAUUUGGUGGCCCCUUCCCGGGAGCGAUCAGGAUUCUCAGAAAACUCGCUGGAUAUGCCAUUACUGUAACGAACGAGGCCAUAAAAUCCAGUUUUGUCUCAAGUUGCCUCCGGAGGAAAGGCAACGUUUACAAGAGCUGCAGAGGACUCAGAAUAUGGCGAAUAUGGUCGGAAAUGCUGCCGCUGGAACCCCUCAAGCGGGUACAUUGGGUAAUCGGUUCCAGUCAGAACGCCUGAAGUACGGCGGUUUAAUGAAUUUCGCACAAACUGCUGCUUCCGGUCCACGUCAAGGGCCCCAGAAGCCACUGGACGAGGUUACGUGUUUCAAGUGCGGAGAGAAAGGUCAUUACGCCAACCGAUGUAACAAGGGUUAUCUGGCAUUCCUCAGCAAAGUCUCCUUACAACCACAUGAAACAGAAGCAGCAAGGAGCUAGCCUACCUAUCCCUUUGCUGCUGUACUCUGUAAAGUUUUCACCUCUUUUGUUAUUUGUAUCUUCUGUAUAUGUCGUCUUUUAACAUUGAGUUUCUCUCCCAUCUGAUGUCCUCUCGAGUAUUGUUUUCCUCGUGAUUCGCUACGCCACUUUCCAAAAUUCAGCUAGGUUCGCAUCAGUUUCUUCCAUCACAUAACGAUCAAC